AGUUUCACGCCACUGCUUUCGUCCACCCCCCCCCACCACCCACCCAUCCGUGGACCAAGCUGGAGGAGAGAGUAGCCAUGCAGCACUGCCAUCCUGUUGCUCCAACGCCAGUGGGCCAGUCCUGAUGAGGGGGAACAACGUUUCUGCUGCUGCUGCUGCUGCUGCUGCUGCUGCUGCUCAGGCUCGCUAGGCUGUGUCGGUGAAGGCGCUCAGGAUGCAGCAAGGAAGCUGAGGAGGAGACUCCCCGAGCCACAGCCUGACAAACACAAUCACACACAUCCAGAGCUGCUGCUGCUGCUGCUGCUGCGCACUGCCCUCCAUCAGGGUAAGACUACUGGGCUGUUAGGAAGCAGGAUGUGGGUGCAGUGCUGCAGAGGAGAGCAUUCUGAUCACACUUCUCAUGCUUCCUCGGUGGAUGCAGGGAGUUAUUUUUGCAGGAUGGCAGCAAAGAGCUCAGCUGUAGCGUACAGGUUGUGGUGCUGAAGUUGAGUGCUGCAUUGACUGGCAGCAGUGAGCAAAUCAUCCUGAGUACUGCUGGCAUGUUGCUUCUCCCAUGCUGGGGGGACUCUUUCGUUGGCCUGGACCAUGAGCAAUGAGUCUACCGUCUGGAACACCCUACCAGAAAACUCCACGGAGAUCCCAUUCAAGGCCAAGGAGCAACAGGAUGGCUAUGUGCUCAUCCUGGUGAUCCUCUCCAUCCUCCUGGUAGGAACGCUGAUCUUCAUCUCCAUCCUCCUCAUCACCUGCCGUCGCUGCUACCGGGGAGGGCGAUGCUGUGACAGGGCCAGCGAUGACCCUGAAAAACCCAACGCCACCUACAUGGAGGAGGCUCAGCCCACCCAUGCAAUCACCAUCAGGGUGGAUGAGUCAGACUGCCUGUCAAUGGGCAGCGCUCACGAUCAAGAGACGGAGCGCUUCCUCUCCACGGGCACUACGGGCCGCCGCGUCUCCUUCAAUGAGGCAGCACUCUUCGAUCAUGGCAAGAAAGCCCAGGAGAAGGGCCGCAGGUACACUCUGACCGAGGGUGACUUUCACCACCUGAAGAAUGCCCGCCUCACGCACCUGCACAUCCCUCCCCCAGCCCUCAAGAUAGUAACCAUCCAUGAGUGCGACUCAGCCGAGAACACCAUCACCAUGACAACACGUCCUGUCACAAAGUCAGCGCUUUCCAUCUUCCAGCCAAUGCUUUGCCCCCUUCCACAAACAGCGCUGACCAGUCUGAGUGUCAGUCCCAGCUGUGCUCUCCCUGAAGAUACCCUCAACUCUAUGGUGGACACCAGCUUCACUGAGAACACUGUAGCACUCAGCACGAAAGAGCCCACCUACAGCUCUAUCGAGAUGAUGGGAGCUGGGCCUCGGGGCAGAGGCAGCAGUGUCAGUGUUGGAGAAGGGGCCAUGGUGGGCGGCAGUGGCGCUCUUCCUCCUGCUGCUGCUGCUGCUGCUGGUGGGGGUGGUGCUGGUGGUGCAGGAAGCCAGGGCCCGGUGCUGCAAUUCUUCACUAAACUGCGACGCCAUGCUAGUUUGGAGGGGGCUAGUCCCUAUUUCAAGAUCAAGAAAUGGAAGCUGGACAGCAGCCAAAGAGCGUCGAGUCUGGACACCAGAGGCUCGCCGAAGAGACGGCAGUUCCAGCGCCAACGAGCCGCCAGUGAGAGCAUGGACCAGGACGACAAUGACGCACACCACAUAGACCUCAUCCAGUACAUCGCCCGCACGCAGGACGUCGUCUACUGUCCCAGCCAGCCCGCGCGCCUUCUCUCCCCGCCCUCUACACCACCCCCCUCCCUCGGCAGGGUAGAGGUAGAGGUGACGGUGGAGCCCCACUGCAGCCAUGGAGGACCAGGGGUGAUUGGCCUUUCCCCUGAUCCCCAAGAUGAAGCACUGAACCUGGCAAGAAUGGAAGGUGCAUAUCCCUCAGACCCCCGCGACCCCCAGGAUCCCCAGUCACUUUACAGAGACAUCUGGACCCUCCGUGCAUCCCUGGAACAGUACGCCACCUCGGACCACAGUAGCAACAAUGACAGGAACUCCAUCUGCAGUGACGGUGACAGUGUAUGCUCAUUGAGUGGACGCACAGAGGCGGAAAGAUUAGGGCUUCCUAGCAACCCGUCCCAGGAUUUAGGUGAUGAAGCAGAGGUUGGGGAGGACGACAAGGGUUUGUUGAUGUGUGUGGAUGAGAAGUGGGGCAUGAAGGAGGUGAAAAAGAGGAAACAGGCCAGCACAGAUUCAGAGCGAGGGGCCAGUGACGGAGAAACAGGGACUCGUAAACUGCUGCAGAUGGACAGUGGCUAUGCAUCAAUAGAAGCUCCAUCUCGAGGUCCAGAAGACCUGCGACUGUUUGGAAGCGGUAGCAUCAGCAGCAGCCCAAAGGACAGGACAGCACACGAGAAGAGGCACCACUUCACUCAUGCGGGGCGAAGUGGCACUAUCGGCGACAGCUUUGAGUCUCAUCUGUUUGAAGAGGAGCCAGAAGAGGAGUUGUUGUUGGGUGCGAGUGGAGGAGUUGCCAUAGAAACAGGUGCUGGUUCGCUGAGCUGGUUGCCAUACGGGCAGAUGCUCACGCCUCGAGAUGUUGCACAACUUUCACCUCAACCACCAACCCUACACCGACGAGACUACAGCAUCGACGAGAAGACAGAUGCUCUGUUCCACGAGUUUCUCCGUCACGACCCUCAAUUCGAUCAGCUGGAGUCACCUCUAAGAAAACACAAGUCCCGUAUCCACCUCCGCAAGCAGUGGCAGCGGCACAAGCAGUGGAGCGACCCGGGCGUUAGACACCUCCAGUCGUCCUUCGAGAGACAACGGACUCCACUACGGAGGGGGGAGAGUGUAAAUUACCCACUAGACACAAGUUACCACAGCACCCUGCCUCGCAUCGUCAGUGCUCCUGAUGAGGAGACCAGCGAUGGGACAGGCAGCAUUCCCGACACUCCAAAAGUAGAGCCUACAACUGCGGAAGAUGGAAGCAAAGAGAGAAGGCGGGGCAUCACUGUCAGAGACACUGAGGACCACACGUCCUCUCCAUUGGACAGAAAUGAAAGGCUGGGGGAGCAGCUUGACCCUCAGGAGGACAGCAAACAGUCAGGACUCCCGCCUGAGCCUCCGGACGAGCGCUCGCCGCCUCGACCGCCUGAUUCCUCGGGCUUCGGCCCGCAAACCAUCACAGCAGAGCUUACAGACAAACUAACUGCUAGCCUGGAUGAGAGGCUGUACGCUGGCCUUCGCAGGACCAGGGACACGGCCGCUGAGUGUGUGACGGUGACGGCCACACGCGCCUCUCCAGACAACAGCCCAGUGUAGCUCAGCUCCAUUCAGCUUCCCUGUCAACUUCACGCCAACGUGACACAACUGAUUUGCCUUUCCUCAGAUUAAAUGUCUCUCUGUGUACAAUUUGAAUGGUGCGACCCAGACCCCGAACAAAAACAACGGAAAAUGCUUUGAACCAGUCGAUAAUCAAACACCUAUUUUGUGGAUAAUUAGAUAACAGUGAUCCAGUAAAAAAAAAUGCAUUCAGUCUCUCUUUAUGCCUGUUAACAUUGACAUUUUACAGUUUACAGUAAAAACAUUAAAUUAACAUAUCAAAAUAAUGGCUUUAGUAAUAACCGUUUGUCCAUUGUUUUUGUGUCUGUAGUCUAUACACUGUCUAUUCCCACAUUUCUGCAGCUGUUACUCCUGUCUCUGUUCUAGUGUAAGCAUAAAUGAAACUGAGGGCCACUUUUGUCUCUUUACUUGUUAAAUCCACUGUGAAACUAGGUGCUAUUUCACAUGAAAAGAGCUACUGAUUUGGACAAAACAGGCACCUGCAAGGUCUGUGAUCACGCGAAGUACUUCUAUCAUACAAACACGCUUAAAGCUUCGCUUGACCACCACGAUUAAUCAAAACUAAAUGUGGCACUCUGUACCUUGAUGUCGGUUUAUUCUGGGUUUUACCUUUUUGAACAUGUCCGACUAAAGGCUGAAUGACUGUGUAUGGAAGAGGUUACUUGUUCAGACUGGUUACUUGUUUUAAACCCACGGGUCUGAAUCCCCCACAGGAGCAAAUAUCACAGUAAGUCAAACAUAAGUAGGCUCGGGUUGAGUUUUUUGGGCCACCUUGGUUCAUAAAAAUGUAGUUUUAAUGGAUAACAAACACACAAUGUUGGGUUUAUUGCCCAGAGAGAUGAACAAUAAUCACAUUAAUUGUUUUUAGACGGAAGGUAUUUUUGAACGUCAUGACUGAAUGUAUGAUGAGUCAUGAUUUUUAUUGUUUGUUUUUUUUUUUUAAAUGAAACCCUCGCCGUGCGUUUUAAAUUUUGUAUUACUUUGUUUAACUGUAAAUGAUGUGUGUGUCUGCUUUGCUUGAACAACAAUGACAGUGUGGCCGGUUCAAAGGGGACGUACUUCUUUGCUGAAUUAAAUAGAACACUGUCGUUCUUAUGCGAUAACGCUCUGUUAAGUCACAGAUAUGACCGUGCACUCCCUGAGUACUCUGAAACUUAAACUCAGACUAUGACUAAACACAGUUUGGUAGUUACAUUUCAGCUAUUAGACAGGAUGGCUGCCCUCGCAAGCAUUUGCUGUUUAUUUAAUUUAAAAGAAAAGCAUGCUUUCUUGUGCAUGUGGCUCCCAGAACAGACCUUAUUUGUCCACAUCUGACAUUCUUUUCGCUCUUUUUUUCCUGAGAAAGUUGACAGCACAGUAGAAUUUCCCCUCGGGGCCUGAGCUCUUCACUUCCUGCCAGCUCCAUAACAUAACAAUUUUGUCGUUAAAUCCGUGCUACUUUUUCUACAUGCGACAUUUGGCUUGCUCGCGCGAUUUAGACAAACCAGCACUGUCAUUGAAAUGAGACUGCGUCUGUAUCCUCUGCUGCAGCAGCAUUAUGUUGACUUUAACCCACUUUUGCUCAUGUAAUCUUAUUCUCAGUGGGGCUGUUGGGCUUCCCCUCCCCCCCCACAAUCUCCCCUGUGCAGUACACGGAGCCACUGCAGAGGAUGGUCUUGAAUAGUAAUGGUAACAAGAGAAGUCCCCCUUUCAUCCUUCCUUCUUUGUUCUUUGAGGCUGCCGGCAUGUAGUUAAUCAAAGGAAGUAAAGAGAAAUCCAAGGAGCAAAGGCAUAAUCCUCCUCACGUUGUUUGAGUGUGAUGAUGAUGAUGAUGCCUGAGCAGAUUAGAUGUUCCUCUGCUGGGUGGCAGGAGUUUCCCCUUUUGUUGUUACGAAUGCUCAAAGGCUGAAUUUGUAUACCUCAUUAGGGGAAUAAUGGUUGAGGUGAGUAGAGCUGAACUCAAAUAAGGAUUGUUUUUGCUCCCCCGGAUUCACAUUAAACCGUUGUUUGCAAUUAAAAUAUUUAUUUCAUACAUAUUUAUAUA